UUCAAUCGGAAGGCGAUUUGACUGUUGCAGGCUCGGUAUGUGGCGCAUGAGUGUGCGUUUCGGGAUGUAACGGCUGUCUCACGGAGGACCCACUCUGAAUUUUAACAUAAAUACAUACCCGGGGGACUCACAAGAGAGAAUACCUUCACUAGGGGAGUUUACGACAGCACGGAGUGGAGGGAGACACGGGAGCGUGGCAGGAGGGACCGACACCGCACGCAGAAAUGGCGGAGCACCACACAGCCAGCGACGGCAAGCAGCACAAAGCGUCCACCAACGCCGGGGGCUCGGUGCACGGGAACAGCAGACCCGGCGCCGCGGGUGGAGGAGGGGGCAAAGGAGGCCUGUCUGGCGGGCUGACACAGCCGGCAGGGUGGCAGUCUUUACUCUCGUUUAGUAUUCUUUUUCUGGCCUGCCUGGCGGGAUUCAGCUCCAGACUUUUCGCCGUGAUCCGGUUCGAGAGCAUCAUCCACGAGUUUGAUCCAUGGUUCAACUAUAGAUCUACACACCAUCUCACCACGAAUGGCUUCUACGAGUUCCUCAACUGGUUUGAUGAAAGAGCGUGGUACCCACUGGGCAGGAUUGUUGGUGGAACAGUAUACCCCGGGUUGAUGGUGACAGCUGGCCUCAUCCACUAUGUUCUCAACAUGCUCCACAUCACUGUCCACAUCCGUGACGUGUGCGUCUUUCUGGCGCCGGUGUUCAGCGGUCUGACUGCUAUAUCUACCUUCCUGCUGACGCGGGAGCUGUGGAACCAGGGCGCAGGGCUGCUGGCAGCCUGCUUCAUCGCCAUCGUCCCUGGCUACAUCUCCCGCUCUGUGGCUGGCUCUUUUGACAACGAGGGCAUUGCCAUCUUCGCACUGCAGUUCACCUAUUACCUCUGGGUGAAGUCAGUGAAGACAGGCUCUGUAUUCUGGACCAUUGGCUGCUGCCUCUCCUAUUUCUACAUGGUGUCAGCAUGGGGAGGUUAUGUGUUUAUUAUCAACCUGAUUCCUCUGCAUGUGUUUGUGCUGCUGCUGAUGCAACGCUACAGCCGGAGAGUCUACAUCGCUUACAGCACUUUCUACAUUGUGGGGCUUGUAUUGUCCAUGCAGAUCCCUUUUGUCGGAUUCCAGCCAAUCAGGACAAGUGAGCACAUGGCUGCAGCAGGUGUGUUUGCACUCCUCCAAGCCUACGCCUUCCUGCAGUACCUGAAGGACAGACUGACCAGACAGGAGUUCCAGACGCUGUUCUUCCUUGGGGUGUCCCUGGCUGCCGGGGUGGUCUUCCUCACAGUCAUCUAUCUCACAUACACAGGAUACAUCGCUCCGUGGAGUGGUCGUUUCUACUCUCUCUGGGACACCGGCUAUGCUAAGAUCCACAUCCCCAUCAUAGCGUCUGUGUCAGAGCACCAGCCGACUACGUGGGUCUCCUUCUUCUUUGACCUCCACAUCCUGGUCUGCACAUUCCCAGCAGGUCUCUGGUUCUGCAUCAAGAACAUUAAUGAUGAACGAGUGUUCGUGGCCCUGUACGCCAUCAGUGCGGUCUACUUUGCUGGUGUGAUGGUGCGUUUGAUGCUGACUCUGACUCCAGUGGUGUGCAUGCUGUCUGCCGUGGCUUUCUCCAGCGUCUUUGAGCACUACAUGGGAGACGACACCAAGAGGGAGAAACCCCCUGCCGAAGACAGCAGCGACGAGGACGACAAGAGGAAUUCUGGGAAUCUUUAUGACAAGGCUGGAAAGGUGCGCAAGCAUGUGUCAGAGCAGGAGAAGGCAGAAGAGGGCCUGGGUCCUAAUAUCAAGUCCAUCGUCACUAUGCUCAUGUUGAUGCUUCUGAUGAUGUUUGCCGUGCACUGCACCUGGGUCACCAGCAACGCCUACUCCAGUCCCAGCGUGGUGCUCGCCUCAUACAACCACGACGGGACACGUAACAUCCUGGAUGACUUCAGAGAGGCCUACUACUGGCUAAGGCAGAAUACAGAUGAGCAUGCACGCGUCAUGUCGUGGUGGGACUACGGCUACCAGAUAGCUGGCAUGGCUAACAGGACAACGCUAGUGGAUAACAACACAUGGAACAACAGUCAUAUAGCACUGGUUGGGAAAGCCAUGUCGUCAAAUGAGAGUGCAGCCUAUAAAAUCAUGAGGUCGCUGGACGUCGACUAUGUCCUAAUCAUCUUUGGGGGUGUAAUCGGCUACUCAGGAGACGAUAUUAACAAGUUCCUGUGGAUGGUGAGGAUAGCAGAGGGAGAGCACCCCAAGGACAUCAGGGAAAGCGACUACUUCACCCCUCAGGGAGAAUUCAGAGUGGACAAAGCUGGUUCACCAACUCUGCUCAACUGCCUCAUGUACAAGAUGUCUUAUUAUCGAUUUGGUGAAAUGCAGCUGGACUUCCGGACGCCACCUGGAUUUGACCGAACACGAAACGCAGAGAUCGGAAACAAGGACAUCAAGUUCAAACACCUAGAGGAGGCGUUCACCUCGGAGCACUGGCUGGUCAGGAUUUACAAAGUCAAGAAGCUGGACAACAGAGAGCCGCUGGACCACAAGCCUCGCAGCAUAGUUCCCAGGCAGAAGUACACUUCCAAAAAGAUGAAGCUGUAGAUGCUGUGAGGGUCAACAGAUUCUGCAACAACAAACCCGUCAUAUUCAACGGCCAAGAGGAAGCGAGGUCACAUCAAGAACAAGCUUGUCCUGAGAAAAGGAAAGAAAUUACAAAAAAAAUAAUAAUGACCAUGAACUCUUCUAGGAAAACAAACAAAUGCGAAGAAACCUCGAACAACUAAUGAAGAAGAAGAAAGGGGGCCAUUUAUCUGGCACUUGGCACUCAAGCGCGCCCCAUUAGAGCGCCCCCAUGUGGUGAGGAAGUUGGAGUGUCAUAUCUGGCUAGCUCCAGACCUGUUGUCUGUUUUAUCCUGAGGAUCUUUGUCUUGCUCAUUUUUUUUCUCCAGAUUUUUUUCUUUUGUUUUUUUUACUUGAAUGUGUGGCAAGGCAUAGGGCUGCUCUUCUUUGUUCUGCGUCGAUGAAUUUUUUUUGUGGUACGUUGAUUAACUGCUUAUCAGUGUGGGGAUCUGGUUUAGAGGACAUGAAACAAGGGAGGGAAACGAGAGAAGACUUGGGAACAUUUGCACCAAAGACCCAUCGACCUUGCUCCAUGGCACAUGUGAACUCAUCACUGAGCGAGAGGAAGCGCAGGAGUGGAAGCUAAGGACUUGUUCCUGACACGUGUACAGAGGAGAGUAUGCGGUAUGGAGGAACGUCACCAUUUUAGGCACAGCUCACCUGUAAUAUUAACCUUUUUAUCAUCAUCAUGUCCUUAAUGUCUGCCUGGCUCCCUGACCUUCUUAUUCAACAAAUUCCUUUGAAAAAAAUCGGCCUAAUGUGUAAAUAUGUUGUGUAAAGAAAAUGUCUAAAAGGAUGAUAAUAUAUUGGAUUAUUGUGGUGAUUUUUAAAUAUGCAGUUUUUUUCUCUUGAUUUCGUUGUGAUUUUUGUAUGACAGCAAAUAGAACAGUGAAUGCAAUAAUUCUUGUAUAGAGGGGCUUGAGAUUUUGUUGGAAGAAUGAAUGUGAAUUUUUACAAUGUUCCCCUCCACCCCAGCCCUCUUUUUUUCAUGAACUGCAUAGAUUGUACAUUCUGCUGCUAGGGUUUUAAGACAGAAGCAGGCGACUGUGUGUAAAAAGUAGUGAUAAUAAAUUAGGCCUCCCGUCCUGCAGGGGGAGCUCUCUAGGUUCAGUGUGCAAAGCCUAGUGCCUCAUCACUGGUCAUCAUCGCCUCAUUGAUUUGUGAUUUUCUUGCUUUUAGUUUAGUUUUGAUAAGCUCAUCAUGUAAGUGCUUCUGCGGGGCUGAGGCUUCGGAAACUGGACUUUUUUGUUUUAUGAUGUCUGGAAUUAGACUGCUGAACUGUGAAGAUGGUUUUUAGAAGACAGGCACUGAUACUAGAAAAGACAACACAAGUCAGAAACACUAAGAACUUCCAUUUAUGUCUGUGACUAUGGUGGACUGUAGAACAUCAAAGGAUGCUUUAGAGCUGUGUCCUAAUUCCUGACUCUAUCCAAGUUCAAAAUAAGGUACUGCUUUGCCCAUAUUGCUCCCACUUUAGCUUGUAUUGGGGCUACAAUUCCUGAAAAAAUUCAGGCCGACUGCCCCUGAAAUCUUCCUGAGUUGGUUAUUCAUACUGCAAAGAUAAACCCACCAUAUUAACACUUGCACAUAGCUUUAGAAAGUAGCCUGGUUGAGCUGCAUGUGUGAACACAAACAGCUAUUUUUCACCAACAGAUUUCCCUGAAGUUUCCCUUCCCCCUAGUAUUGUCCCCUCCCUUGCCUGAAAAAUAAGCUGCAGGAACGCUCCUGUUUUGAGGGACAAGUGUGAAGACGUAAGUCAGAACAAUUUCUGGGUAGGUUACCAAGAAAUGUUCUAUAAUAUUUUACAUGAGGCAAAACAUGACUAAAGAGAACAGUGUGGCAGAUGAAGCAACGGUCUCUGCUAUGAGACACUAUAAUGACAAUAUUUUCCUUUACAUCAGUGCCAAAAACAGAGAAGAACAUACAGUAGUACUUUAUUUAGCGGGCCCUAAUUACCUAGUAAUUUUACAGUCAUAAAUGGUGAUUAUAUAGUAAUUCGUCAAGAAUAAUGUGGUAAAAAUCUACUCAUAAAUUGGAGUUUUACAAAGUGAUAACUAAGUAGUAAGUAUCUACUUCAUAAUCUUGUAUUUAAUUAGGUGGUAUUUUCCCAAGUAAUUUCUUAGAUAUAAGAGGAUAAUUUUCUGCAUAAGUUGCAUGAUAAUUCCUUUAUUUCUUUAUUUUGGCUCACUGCAUCAAAGGGAGUCCUUCCUGAAUAGUUAUCAAGUAAAUUUUAGGGUUGGGAGUUAGGCUAGGGUUAGAUUAGGGGUAAGGGUAGAACACCAACUUAUUACCAGAGAAUUGCCACAAUAUUAGGGUAACAGUAGGCUAAGGGUUAGGUUCUGGUUGGGGUAAAAUACCACCUAAUUGUCAGAGAAUUUACACAAUAUUAUGGUUAGGGGUUAGGCGGUUAGGGUAAAAUAUCCCCUAAUUACAAGAGAACUGCUGCAAUUUUACAAGCAAUUCCUUGACAAUUAACACAUUAGGUAAAUACUUCUUUAAUAAUACCAUACUGCAGAGUUGCUACUUAGUAAAAUUCCAGCCUAUUACCAGGUAAAUACCACCUUAUUUCUGAGCUACUUUUAGACUAUUACUCUAAAAUAAUAAGAAGGUAUUUAGCGCCCACUAUAAUAGUGCUAUCUAACAUUCUGCCUAACAGAAAUUGUAAAUUAGCAUUUUCAUUACAUGCACGGUUGUCGCACUAUUUUUUUUUUUGCUAUACAGAGGCCGUGCAUGGUCAUGCGUCAUAUCAGGAUUUGUCGUAAAAUCAUGUUUCCUGAAUGUUUCCUGCUGCAUUCUCACUUCAGCUCACAUGGAAAAUGUACCAGAGGGCCAGUAGGAAGACAUCUGAGUAAAAAAUGUGUCUGUCUGUGCUCACACAUGCAGCUCCUCCUAAAAGAAAAUUCUGGAAGUUUUCCCGAGUGUUAUGCAGAUGUGUACAGGCCUAAUAAGUAGUUUGGGACUGAAAUAUAAAAAAUCUCUAGUUUUUUUUUUUUUUUCUUGGACCUUUAGUUUUGAAAAUGUAACAAAGUUAAGAUAGUUUUAGUUUUCUGCAUUAAAAAAUGACCAACCCUAUAACCACACAUAGUACCUAUAACCGUCCUCAUGUGAUAUUAGGACACAGCUCUACUGUGCUUUAACCCUCUGAAUGGUAAUGUUUGGGCACUGCACUGUUCUUCAUGUGUCUGGAUUCUCAGAUGCCAUGUCCUAACACUACAGGGGUUUUCUUGUGUGUGCUUCAGUGGCUUUUGUAUCAAAUAAUUGACACAUCAGAAGACUAACACAUCAAACAGCUGUACUGGUUUUGUCACAUCUCACAGAAAGUGACUUUUAUAAUUAGUAUCACCUGUUCAUUUCUGUUUCUUCUCUUCUGUCUGAGUUGCUUUGUUCUUUUUAUUUGAUCUUCUCUUGAACUGUCAUAAUUUUUACUCGUUACACCUCUGACACAAAGCCACAUUGUUAUUGUUACUCGCCUAAACUGUGUCACGUCCUUUGAUUUCCCACUAUUUGUCAGUAGAGGAGAGAGAGAAGACUAAGCCUUAAUGUGAUGUACAGUUUGUUGCCCUCUUUGUUUUCUCUUUCCUUUUCAUUUCAUUAUGAGCAGCAGAAAGGGUCUUUUCUCCUCUAAGUUUAUUAUGUCUUAGUAUCUCGGUGCCGUCUGUCCCCCACUCCUUUUUUAUUUGAUGAGAUUCCCCCCUCACCUUCAAAAGUUUACAUUUUUACAUUGUUGUUCUGUUCAGCCAUCUUUAA